AUGUUGAACAUUCAAAAGCACCUCAUUGAUGGCGUCAAUGCAGAACGACUACAAAAAGAACUGUUGGCUUUGCAAAAUGACCCACCUCCCGGAAUGCCUUUAAAUGAAAAGAGUGUUCAAAAUUCAAUUACACAGUGGAUUGUAGAUAUGGAAGGUGCACCAGGUACCUUAUAUGAAGGGGAAAAAUUUCAACUUCUAUUUAAGUUUAGUGUCGAUAUCCUUUUGACUCUCCUCAGAGAUGACCACCAGAAUUCUUUUUAUGUUCGAACAUGUAACAAGAAUCCAAAGAAAACAAAAUGGUGGUAUCAUGAUGAUACUUGUUGAUGCCACUGUUUUCAUCCUCCUAGUAGAAGACAGUCCUACUGAGAAAAUGAGCACUUUGAUCAUUCAG